GCCUGUGAAAGUACUCAAAUCCCCUCAUCUCUUGUUUAUAUAUCCAUACAGGGCAGUAGAAUUACCCAGGGGCAUCGCUGAUAUCCAGAGAUAUCAUCUCACUUUGGUUCCUCUCUUUUCUCAGAUAGAACCAGCAAAUGAUGCAAAGGCUGAAGCUGAGCUUUUAAAACAAUGCCAAUUAGCAACAUGCCCCCCAUAUUAGAAGCGUUUGAGGGAAAGAGAGUUAAUGUGGUGGAUGAAGGCCAUGGCCACCGUGCUAGAACCUUAGCCUCACCGACCCCAGGUGAUCACUGUUCACCCUGGAUGAUCUAUGGCUAACUAUUGCUACCAUUUUAUGCUGCAGUGCUGCUGGAAAAACAUGAAUAAAGACAACAAAAGAAAAAAUUGUCCUGAAGUUGAUGUACUUGGAAAUUUCUUCCUCAAGAUGAUGCUUGUAAUGUACUAAGUAAAAUGAAGAGAAUAAUGAACGAUCCUAUUAAUG